AUGACGAGCGUCUGGAGCGCGCACGUGACCAAGGAGGGGCGGACGUACUACUACAACCGCUCUACCAAGCAGAGCGCGUGGGAGAAGCCCGCGGACUUUGACGGCGAGGAGCCCAGUGCCGCCGCGGCGGGGGCGCCCUCCUCCGCGUCCGCCAAGAAGGUAGAAUGGGAGGAGCUCUGGGACCCCAAGAACGAGCGCGCGUACUACUACAACCGCGCGACGCGCAAGACCCAGUGGCAGCGGCCCGAGGGCGUGGAGAUCAAGCCCCACGCGGGGGCGACGGCGGCGCGGGAGAAGCGCCACCACGAGAAGCACCGCAGCAAGACCCGCAACAAGGGCGAGGAGAACGAGACUACCAAGGAGGAGGGGAACGAUUCUAACACAGGGGAGAACGGCUCUACCCACUCUACCUCGGAAGAGAAUCAGACUCAGAAUGUUGAAGUGAAGAAUCAGGCUGAACAGGAUGAACAAGAAGCGGCUAAUGGACAAGAAGGUAGUAUCCCCACUGCUACUACUCCCGCUACUACGAGCCACUCGAAGAAGAAGAAGAAAAAGUCCAAGAGGGAGAAGGUGGAGGUGGCGCCCGUCGAGACCCAGAGGAAGAGACGUCGGCAGGACGAGAAGCGGCUCAUCAUCUGGGACGACGAAGAGCAGGGGAACGAUUCUACCAAGGGCAUCGAGGAGAAGGACACGGAGGACGGCAAGGAGGCCACGCGGCUGCUGCAGGAGCUGUCCAGGACCGACGCCAUCAUGGAGGCCAACGUGCUGGCCGUGAUCAACGGCUUCCUGCGAGCGCACACCGAGUCCAACGGGCCGGAGAUCCUCGUGGAGAAACUCUCGUCCUCGUACCGCGGCCACGCGCAGAUGAUCGGCCUCGUGGCAUCCUGGUUGGACACUCUACCGGUGUCCACGACGGCGCUGGAGAACAAGAUGACGUUCGAUGUCAGCGAAGGAGCGGUGAUCGCGAACAAGGGCGCGUCCUGGGACCCGGCCGAGGAGAUUCUCUACAGCCACCUGAAGGACGUGAUCAACGAGAACUACGACCCGAAGCUCGUGUCCAAUGUGCUGAGUGGCUCGGCGGUGGAGCCCGAGUGGCUGACGCAGAUGUUAAACGACCGCAAGUGGCGACUCAUGCUCAUUGAGCUGGCGGAGACGCACAAGACGUGCACGUUGCUGCAGUAUGCGAUCCGACGGAUCUCGGAGGCUGGCUACCACAAGGAAAUUGCGUCGAUCACGAGCGCGAACGCCUUCUUCUCCGUGUUUAGCGGCGUGCUGGUGGACGCCUUCAGCCGAAUUCCGUUCGCCAACGAAGAGGAGGUUGUCGAAGACAUCGCGGCGCUCAACAAGGUCUGCUGUCAGUCGUCGCACUCGUACGUCUACGCACAGGAACUGCUCUGCUCGAUGGACGACAAGCUGUACACGAUGCAGAGGGACGCUGGCGCUGACAGCGCUGAGUACUCGCACAUUCGGAUGGUGCGCUCCAAGCUCAACCGUGUCCGUGGCGAGCUCCAGGAGACGGCAAGCGGCAGGUUCGGCGCGAAAAUUGUUCCGUUCCACAUCUUGCGUCGACGGUACAUUUAUGAUGCGAACCCGAAGUUCUGCGACGCCAUCCUGUCGAUCGUGAAGUCGAAGACAUGCUCAGAGCUGAGUGCGGAGACUCUGGCGAAGGAGUUCCAGACGUCUAAGGCGCCUCCUCCGGUGGUCCAUCUGCGAGACCCCAUGGUUCUGUCGGCUCUGCUGGAUCGGCUUUUCAACCGGUCGGACUCCAUUUCACCGGCGUUCGUGCAGAACUGUGUCUUCCUGCUGGCAUACGCGGCGUCUACGAAGGAUGAACGGAGUCUGCUUCAGACUGGAGUUCAGGGAUCAUCGGAUCACGUGGAAGUGGAUGACGAUGGCGUCGAGUCGACCAAGAAGGCACUCGUCGAAGCCUCAGCAAUCUGCAAGUCGGACCAUACCCUCGGCUACAAUAUGAACCAGUCGGGAGUUGUGGAUAGACUCAUUUCGGUGAUGUCUGUCCCCGUUGUAUCGAUGGGCGUGCUGCAUUGGCUGGAGGUUAUCCUCACGUCACCCGGAUUUUUCAGCAGCACGCCCCUGCACAUUUGCUUCCCCAGUCUGCUCCGGAUACUGAAGGCGUCCAUCAAGCUCCACGUUGCUCAGUGGCCCAUUGCCUUCAGUGUGUUGGUGACGUCGUUGCGUCUGCACCCUGACAUCAACCCAGUAAAGGCUCUGGAGCUGAAGCGCGAGACGCUUCGAUGCAUGGUGUUCAUGAUCACGAGCGGCUACGUGCUGCCAGUUCUGGAGUUUGUAUUCACGAACACUUUGGAGCUGGAUCAGGCGCUGCUGCGUAACUUCAUCACGAUGCUCUUUUCUCGCAUUGCGCCGCCGUUCUCGCCCAAGUUUUCCGUGGCUUUGACGAAAAUUUUGACCCACCCGAAGGUGCAGACUGCGAUCAAAUCUUGCCCGCCAGAGAGCAAGAUGAAGCUGCGAGGCUUUGUGAGCUUCUGCAACAAGAACUCGCACAUGCUUUCGUCGGACCAGCUGCAUUCACUGACGCUGAUUCAAGAAGGAUGA